CCGACCUGAUACAGUAGUUUUUGGAAAUGUUGAGUUCCUGCUGGAUGCUAAGGACAGCAUAAUAUUGUUGUUAGUUCUGCUUUGUCUCCUCUGCACAGCCUUUACAGCCUACAACAUGCUUAGAAACAAAUCAACUUCGUCCACGACUGCACAGAAUGUCACAAAGAGGAGAAGAACCAAACACAAAGCAACAGUGUCCGUGUCUAUGCAGACUGCCACAGAGGAGAAAAAAGCCAGAAGCGCCAUCAGCAUCUCCACACAAACCAUCACUGAACCAGAACAGCCUAGACCAGUAGCAGUUGCCCCCGUUCAGAAGAAGAAAUCAAAGAGCAAAUCAGUCCACAUAGUGACUGACGAGGACGUGGCAGGACCUUCACACCCAGCGGAAGAGACAGAGCCUGAAAUCAUCACUCGCUCUCUAUCCCUGGGUGAGCUGCGUGACCUGCAGAGGGAAUUCACCCGCCAGACAAAUGAGUCCAUCUUGACCUGGCUGCUCCGCAUCUGGGAUGCUGCAGCCAAUGACACCAUUCUGGAUGGAAGUGAGGCCAGGCAACUGGGAUCUCUGUCCCGGGAUGUGGUCAUUGACCAGGGGACUGGGAGAACCCAAGAAACUCUCAGCCUCUGGCAGAGACUGCUGACAAGUGUAAAAGACAGAUACCUUUGUAAAGAAGAUCUCCAGGUGCACCAAGGAAAAUGGAACACAAUAGAACAAGGUAUCCGAUUCCUGAGGGAAUUGGCCGUGCUGGAGAUCAUUUUCUCAGAAGAUGAGAGAUUUCCUAAGAGCCCAGACUGUGUCCGGUGCACGUCACAGAUGUGGUUUGAGAUUCGCACGGCUUGGACCAGAGAUAGGGGCGUGCAGUACACCUGGAAUCGUCUGCCCCAGAGGUGGAAGCACAGUCCCACCACCUGUCAUGGACUGAUCCAGGCUGCACUGGAAAAGGGUGAGGCCCCCGAACAUCUACAGUAUAUCGAUGACAUCAUUGUAUGGGGCAGCACAGCAGGGGAAGUCUUCGAGAAAGGAGAGAAGAUUAUCCAGAUUCUGCUGAAAGCUGGUUUUGCCAUUAAGCAAAGUAAAGUUAAGGGACCGGCUCAGGAAAUUCAGUUCCUAGGAGUCAAAUGGCAAGAUGGACGUCAUCAGAUCCCAACAGAGGUAAUUAAUAAGAUCACCGCCAUGUCUCCACCUACCAACAAGAAGGAAACACAAGCUUCCCUAGGUGUCAUAGGCUUUUGGAGAAUGCACAUUCCUGAGUACAGCCAGAUUGUGAGCCCUCUUUACCUGGUCAACCGCAAGAGGAACGAUUUCCACUGGGGCCCUGAGCAGCAGGAAGCACUAACUGGAAAUGGAAAGCUGCAGUAUGGAGCCCCACACGACAAGUUGCACAAAUUACCGAGGGACAAGGUGGAUCGAGUCAGGUCGCAGAGCUAA